CAGCCUCCGCUACGGGUCCCGAAAGGGGCCAUCCCCGGCCGUUCUCGCGUCUCUGCCGGCCCUCUGCGGGCCGCUCCGGCCGGUGUUUUGUCCGAGCGCCUCGGUGCGCUCGGCCAACGGCCUCUGACAGCGCCCACCAGAGCGGGCGCCUGCGGGCGGCAGCCCCAGCCGGUGGCCCUCCAGCGGGCGGAGGGAAGCUGCCUUUUCCAGGCCCACCUUUAUGACCGAAGUCUCCAAUACUUCAAAGGGACGAGAGUGGCUCUAAAUCCAGGACGUACACACCGAAGCAAGUUCAAGUAUUUACUAUGAAGCACAGAAGCAGAUAGUGCCAAAUAGCAAGUAGUAAUUGGUACACAUUUCUGGAAAAGCAGUGUCCGUGUUGUUAUGUACACCUCCAAAAACAUUGAGAUCUGUAGGGGAGUUGUGUAAAGUAAACUGCACUGCAGGGUAGCAGCAUUUUAGUAGCUAUUAUAGACGUGUAUUUACUAUAUUAAACAUGAGUAAAAGAAAAACAAGUGACCCACCAAUAGGAAGAGUGAGUGGGGCAGCAUUUCCUUCUCCCACUGCUGCCGAGAUGGCGGAAAUUAGUCGAAUUCAAUACGAAAUGGAAUACACUGAAGGAAUUAGUCAGCGAAUGAGGGUCCCGGAAAAAUUAAAGGUAGCACCACCAAAUGCUGACCUGGAGCAAGAAUUCCAAGAAGGAGUUCCAAAUGCUAGUGUGAUUAUGCAGGUUCCCGAGAGGAUUGUAGUAGCAGGUAAUAAUGAAGACAUUCCAUUUUCAAGACCAGGGGAUCUUGACCUCAUUCAGUCAACUUCCCUUAAACCUCUGGCACUAAAAACACCACCUCGUGUGCUUACGCUAAGUGAAAGACCUCUAGAUUUUCUGGAUUUAGAAAGACCUUCUCCAACCCCUCAAAAUGAUGAAGUCCGUUCAGUUGGCAGGCUAAAACGAGAGCGCUCCAUGAGUGAAAACGCUGUUCGCCAGAAUGGACAGCUGGUCAGGACGGACUCCAUGUGGCUCAGAUCAGAUUCUGCCCCAAGAAAUAAAAUUUCAAGGUUCCAGGCACCGAUUUCCACACCGGAGUACACUGUGACGCCAUCGCCACAACAGGUUCGGGUCCGUCCUCCCCAUAUGUUCCCCGAAGACGGAGCUAACCUCUCCUCCGCCCGCGGCAUUCUGUCGCUCAUCCAGUCUUCUACUCGUAGGGCUUACCAGCAGAUCUUGGAUGUGCUGGACGAAAACCGCAGUGUAAGAAGACAAAGCGAAAUGCGUUGUGAAAGACCUGUGUUGCGUGGUGGGUCGGCUGCCGCCACCUCUAAUCCGCAUCAUGACAACGUCAGGUAUGGCAUUUCAAAUGUAGACGCAGCGGUUGAGGGGACCGCAGACGACAUGACCGUUGUAGAUGCAGUUUCAUUAAGACGACAGAUAAUCAAACUAAAUCGCCGCCUACAACUUCUGGAAGAGGAAAACAAAGAACGCGCCAAGAGAGAAAUGGUCAUGUACUCCAUCACCGUGGCCUUCUGGCUGCUCAAUAGCUGGCUCUGGUUUCGCCGCUAGGGGGCGCCUCCACUCUCAGACACGUUGUCUCAACAGCUGGAAAUAUAAAGAAUUUGCAAGCUUC